AUGAGAAGGUCUUCUCUCUCUCUCUCUCUCUCUCUCUCUCUCUCUCUCUCUCUCCCUCCUUCUAUCUAUCUAUCUAUCUAUCUAUCUAUCUAUAUGUGUUUCUUUAUCGCUUUGUUAAAAGUAACCUGCUCCCCCAACUUCCAUUUCCUCUUAUCUCUUUCCUUCUCUCUCUAUUACCAUGAUCGGCGCACACACGCACACAGCGUAUUCUCAAGCACAUGGCCUACUCUCACUUCUACUCUUUACACUCCUGCUGCUGUAAUUUCUAGAAGGACCACAAAUAUUUUUACCAUUCAUCAUUCUUUCCUUACUCCCAAUAAUUCAGAGAGGCGAAAUGUUAAAUCUAUAUUAUUGACUACUGUUUUAUUAUACAUAGGUCUGGGCUUGUUUUCCAUUCAUUUGGAGCUGAUAUCAAUCGACCGCCUCUCUCUCUCUCUCUUAUUUCAUUACUAUUGUGUUCUUUCUUGUAUCUUGUUGCUAACAGAGGAACGUUGA